AUCUAAAUCUCAACCCCACUCUUCGUACAAGCGGAAAGCUCACUCCCUCCCUCCCUCCGUCACCCAAAUUUUCUUUCGUCUCUAUGAAACUUUGAUGCGAUCAGAAGCUUAGCACCUGUUGAACUGGUCGCCGACUCACCGAGUCAACCCGCCACCGUUACUCGGCGAGCUAGCAACAACCUCCUUUGCCGAGCUUCCCAAAGGGCGAAACCCUCCCCGUUUCCAAUUCACUCCAGAUCUGAGUCACUGCGCCGGACCUCUAAUCUCCGAACGCGGGAAUGGCUUCUUCGGAAGCCGAUUCCCGGCUAAGCCAGGUGGUCUCCCCGGCGCUCGAGAAGAUCAUCAAAAACGCUUCGUGGCGCAAGCACUCCAAGCUCGCCCACGAGUGCAAGUCUGUCCUCGAAAAGCUCGCUUCCCCUUCCAAGCCCGAGGCUGAGUCCGAGUCCGAUUCAUCCAUCCCAGGCCCACUCCACGACGGUGGCACCACCGAGUACUCCCUCGCCGAUACCGAGUCCAUCCUCAGCCCGCUCAUCAACGCCGCCAAUUCCGGCGUUCUCAAGAUCGCCGAUCCCGCCGUCGAUUGCAUCCAGAAGCUGAUCGCCCACGGCUACCUCCGCGGCGAGGCCGACCCCACCGGCGGCGACGAGGCCAAGCUCUUGGCCAAGCUGAUCGAGUCCGUCUGCAAAUGCCACGAUUUGGGCGAUGACCAGGUAGAAUUGCUCGUCCUCAAGACGCUUUUGUCGGCGGUGACCUCGAUUCCACUGCGAAUCCACGGGGAUUGCCUCCUCCAGAUCGUGAGAACGUGUUACGAUAUCUACUUGGGGAGCAAAAACGUGGUGAACCAGACGACGGCGAAGGCGUCGUUGAUCCAAAUGCUGGUGAUCGUGUUCCGGAGAAUGGAGGCGGACUCGUCGACGGUGCCGAUUCAGCCGAUUGUGGUGGCGGAACUGAUGGAACCAGUGGAGAAAUCUGAUGCGGACGGGUCCAUGACGAUGUUCGUGCAAGGGUUUAUCACGAAGAUAAUGCAGGACAUUGACGGGGUUCUGAAUCCCGUUUCGCCAGGGACGGUUUCGCUGGGCGGUCACGACGGGGCAUUUGAAACGACGACGUCGGUGGAGACGACGAACCCGGCGGAUUUGUUGGACUCAACGGAUAAAGACAUGUUGGACGCCAAAUAUUGGGAGAUUAGUAUGUAUAAGACGGCAUUGGAGGGGAGGAAGGGCGAGUUGGCGGACGGGGAUGGGGAGAGGGACGAGGAUUUGGAGGUUCAGAUUGGGAAUAAGCUUCGGAGGGACGCGUUUUUGGUGUUCCGGGCCCUCUGCAAGCUGUCGAUGAAGACGCCACCCAAGGAAGCGCUGGCGGAUCCACAGUUGAUGAAGGGAAAGAUUGUGGCGUUGGAGUUGUUGAAGAUUCUGUUGGAGAAUGCCGGGGCUGUGUUUAGGACUAGCGAGAGGUUUUUAGGGGCCAUUAAGCAAUACUUGUGUUUGUCAUUGUUGAAGAACAGCGCUUCAACUCUUAUGAUUGUUUUCCAGCUUUCUUGCUCCAUUUUCAUUAGUCUGGUGUCAAGAUUUAGAGCUGGAUUGAAAGCAGAGAUUGGAGUAUUUUUUCCUAUGAUUGUUCUCAGGGUUUUAGAAAAUGUUGCUCAACCUAAUUUUCAGCAGAAGAUGAUUGUGCUUCGGUUUCUCGAGAAGCUCUGUGUUGAUUCACAAAUCUUGGUAGACAUUUUUAUUAAUUAUGAUUGUGAUGUCAAUUCAUCAAACAUAUUUGAGAGAAUGGUCAAUGGACUUCUUAAAACUGCACAAGGUGUCCCUCCUGGUGUAGCCACCACACUGUUGCCACCACAGGAGGUGACCAUGAAACUUGAAGCUAUGAAGUGCUUAGUGGCUAUUUUGAGAUCAAUGGGAGAUUGGAUGAAUAAACAGUUGCGUAUUCCAGAUCCUCAUUCCACCAAGAAAUUUGAAGCAGCUGAAAACGGCCCUGAAUCUGGAAGUAUUCCCAUAGCAAAUGGAAAUGGGGAUGAGUCUGUUGAAGGGUCAGAUUCUCAUUCUGAAGCUUCUAGUGAGGCUUCUGAAGUUUUGACAAUUGAGCAACGGCGAGCUUACAAGCUGGAACUUCAGGAAGGUAUAUCUCUUUUUAAUCGGAAACCUAAGAAAGGGAUUGAAUUUCUUAUUAAUGCAAACAAGGUGGGCAACUCACCUGAGGAGAUUGCAGCUUUUCUUAAAAAUGCAUCUGGUUUGAAAAAGACUUUAAUAGGUGAUUAUCUAGGAGAAAGGGAAGAGUUAUCACUGAAAGUGAUGCAUGCCUAUGUGGACGCUUUUGACUUUCAAGGUAUGGAGUUUGAUGAAGCAAUCAGGGCCUUUCUUCAAGGCUUUAGGUUGCCUGGUGAGGCACAGAAGAUUGAUCGAAUCAUGGAAAAGUUUGCCGAGUGUUAUUGCAAAUGCAAUCCAAAGGCUUUUAUUAGUGCUGACACAGCCUAUGUCCUUGCUUACUCUGUGAUAUUGCUCAAUACUGAUGCUCAUAACCCUAUGGUGAAGAACAAGAUGUCAGCUGAUGAUUUUAUACGAAACAAUCGUGGCAUAGAUGAUGGAAAAGAUUUACCUGAGGAGUACCUGAGGUCACUCUUCGAACGAAUAUCAAGAAACGAGAUUAAAAUGAAAGAAGAUGAUUUGGCUCCUCAACAGAAACAGUCUAUGAACUCGAACAGACUUCUGGGCUUGGACAGUAUCCUGAAUAUAGUGAUUCGAAAGCGUGGAGAAGACAAAUAUAUGGAAACAAGUGACGAUCUUAUCAGGCACAUGCAAGAACAAUUCAAAGAAAAAGCUCGCAAAUCUGAGUCAGCUUAUUACGCAGCAACAGACGUGGUUAUCCUUAGAUUCAUGAUUGAGGUAUGCUGGGCUCCUAUGUUGGCUGCCUUCAGUGUUCCACUUGACCAAAGUGACGAUGAAGUAGUAAUUGCUUUGUGUCUCGAAGGCUUCCGGUAUGCAAUCCAUGUUACUGCUGUGAUGUCCAUGAAGACUCAUAGAGAUGCUUUUGUGACUUCCCUAGCAAAGUUUACCUCUCUACACUCUCCUACUGAUAUCAAGCAGAAAAACAUAGAUGCAAUUAAGGCAAUAGUUACAAUCGCAGAUGAAGAUGGGAAUUACUUACAAGAAGCUUGGGAGCAUAUCUUGACAUGUGUUUCAAGAUUUGAGCAUCUACAUCUCUUGGGAGAAGGUGCUCCUCCAGAUGCCACGUUUUUUGCUUUUCCUCAGAACGAGUUGGAAAAGUCAAAACAGGCCAAGUCUACCAUCCUUCCUGUCUUGAAAAAAAAGGGACCUGGGAGGAUUCAGUAUGCAGCUUCUGCUGUAAUGAGGGGUUCCUAUGAUAGUGCUGGUAUUGGUAGCAAUGCUUCUGGGGCAGUUACAUCUGAACAGGUGAACAAUUUGGUCUCUAAUUUGAACAUGUUAGAACAAGUUGGUAGCUCUGAAAUGAAUCGCAUUUUCACAAGGAGUCAAAAGCUAAACAGUGAAGCAAUAAUAGACUUCGUCAAGGCCCUUUGUAAGGUCUCUAUGGAGGAAUUGCGAUCUGCAUCUGAUCCACGGGUUUUCAGCCUUACAAAGAUUGUUGAGAUAGCGCACUAUAACAUGAACCGCAUCAGGCUUGUGUGGUCAAGCAUCUGGCAUGUGCUCUCUGAUUUCUUUGUAAACAUUGGCUGUUCAGAAAACCUCUCUAUUGCAAUAUUUGCAAUGGAUUCUUUACGCCAGUUGUCAAUGAAAUUCUUAGAGCGAGAAGAAUUGGCUAAUUAUAAUUUUCAAAAUGAAUUCAUGAAGCCUUUUGUCAUUGUUAUGCGUAAAAGUGGUGCUGUUGAAAUCAGAGAAUUAAUCAUUAGAUGUGUCUCCCAAAUGGUAUUAUCUCGUGUCAACAAUGUCAAAUCUGGAUGGAAGAGCAUGUUCAUGGUCUUCACAACUGCAGCUUAUGAUGACCACAAAAACAUUGUAUUGUUGGCUUUUGAAAUAAUUGAGAAGAUAGUGCGUGACUACUUCCCAUACAUUACCGAGACUGAAACCACCACAUUUACAGAUUGUGUGAAUUGCCUGAUUGCAUUCACCAAUAACAGAUUCAACAAAGACAUUAGCCUCAAUGCCAUCGGUUUUCUUCGGUUCUGUGCAACAAAACUUGCAGAAGGAGAUCUUGGCUCUUCAUCUAGGAAUAAGGAAAAGGAAGCUUUUGCAAGGAUUCCUCCAUCUUCACCUCAAACAGGAAAAGAUGGUAAACAAGAUAACGGAGAGGUGGAUGGUCACCUCUAUUUCUGGUUCCCUUUGUUGGCUGGUUUGUCAGAACUUAGCUUUGACCCUAGGCCUGAGAUCAGGAAGAGUGCGUUACAAGUGUUGUUUGAUACUUUACGCAACCAUGGUCACCAUUUCUCUCUUCCUUUGUGGGAACGCGUGUUUGAAUCAGUCCUAUUUCCAAUUUUUGACUACGUACGCCAUGCAAUUGAUCCUUCUGGAGAAAACUCACCAGGGCAGGGAGCCGAUAGUGAUACAAGUGAGCUUGAUCAAGAUGCAUGGCUUUACGAGACAUGCACAUUGGCCCUCCAACUAGUUGUAGAUCUUUUUGUCAAAUUUUAUAACACCGUCAAUCCACUCUUGAGAAAAGUGCUGUUGCUUCUGGUGAGCUUUAUUAAGCGUCCUCACCAAAGCCUUGCCGGUAUUGGUAUUGCUGCAUUUGUCCGUUUGAUGAGCAAUGCUGGGGAUCUAUUUUCUGAGGAAAAGUGGCUAGAAGUGGCUUUGUCAUUGAAAGAAGCAGCUAGUGCAACAGUUCCUGAUUUCUCUUUCAUUGUCGGUCAACAUUCUUUAUCCAGCCAAAAUAAUGGAGAGUCUUUCGUGUCUGACAUGCCUGAUGAUGAUUCAGAGAGCCUAAGGACACAACAAAUCUAUGCCGCAUUAUCUGAUGCUAAGUGCCGAGCUGCUGUUCAACUUCUACUGAUUCAGGCAGUGGUGGAAAUCUACAACAUGUAUCGCUCUCAUCUUUCAGCCAAAAACACCCUACUCCUCUUUGAUGCUUUACGUGAUGUGGCAUCCAAUGCUCACAAGAUCAAUAGCAAUACAACGCUACGUUCAAAGCUUCAAGAGUUUGGCUCUAUGACCCAAAUGCAAGACCCUCCACUACUACGGCUUGAGAAUGAGUCUUACCAAAUUUGCUUCACAUUCUUACAGAAUCUUAUUCUGGAUAGGCCUCCAAGUUAUGACGAGGUCCAGGUGGAGUCCUACCUUGUGGACCUUUGCCAGGAGGUCUUGCAGUUUUAUCUUGAAACUGCUGGGUUGGGACAGGUAUCUGAAUCAUCCGUCGGGCAGGCCCAUUGGCAAAUUCCUUUAGGUUCGGGGAAACGGAGAGAAUUGGCUGCACGUGCACCUCUUAUUGUUGCUACUCUCCAGGCUAUCUGUAGUUUGGGAGAGAAUUUAUUUGAGAAGAACUUGGAUCGGUUCUUCCCCCUUCUUGCAAGCUUGAUUAGUUGUGAACAUGGCUCAAAUGAGGUUCAGGUAGCUCUCAGUGAUAUGCUUAGCUCUUCGGUGGGUCCUGUUUUACUCCGAUCUUGUUGAUUUUAGUGAGAUAGGACCCCUUGUUGCAGAUGUAUGAUAAUUGUUAUCCAAGUCUUCUAGUUCCUUUCUUUCUUUUUUCUUUCUUGUUUCCUGAUAAUUGUUUUCGGAAAUAUAGCUUCAUAGUGUAUGAGAGUUAGCCCUGGUUUUGGAUUGGCUAGUGCUUCUGAACGUUCUGUAGUUUAAUCAGAGGUGCGGUUCCUCCAUUUAGAUUUACAGGUGUUUUCACGA